AAAAAAUGUAUAAAUUCCUAGGUUUCGUAUUCGGAUUUGUCGUACCUGUGACCUGUGGUUUAUACACUUGUGCAUACAAAAAUGUUAAACACGCAGACUACUGGCUCAGGGUAAUAUUCUUUUGGCUAAUAUUUGACCAAAUCGUAGCACCUGUAUUUUCUACUGUGCUUGACGGAGUAGUACCUGGUGUAUGGUCUAUUGUUUACCUGGGAUUUUCAGUCGCGUUGCUAGUACCAAAAUCAAAGGUCUUGGAGCUUUUGCACAAGUAUACAAUUACCGGAUUGAACCAUGAUGCUUUAGACGUUGUCUACAAAUUCAUCAGGAAAAACACUGCUGAAGCAAAGAACAAGGCUACCGCUUUGUUUACAAAAUAUGAAAAGGCAAUGGAGUUUUAAUCUCUCAUUGUUAACCUAAGUAUUACAACCCAUG